AAACAUUGUUGACGUUUUUAAUUUCGACAUAGACAUUACAAGUUAGGUUAACUUUGGUUGUGAAAUCGGGCUUACUUUUUACUAUUUUACGACUGUUUCUUGUAUUGGACAAUGUCUAAUUACCCCGAUUUUGGUAAAAUUGGUAAAGACUCAUCGAGGGCGGCGUGUAAAAAGUGUGGCUAUGCUGGCCACUUAACUUUUCAGUGUAGAAACUUUAUUAAAGUAGACCCAAACAAAGAGAUAGUUCUAGAUGUAAGCAGCACAAGUAGUGAUAGUGAGCAAGACUAUGCCACUCCGCUGCAGAGCCUCCGCGAGACAGAGUUACGUAAGAAGCUGGAAGAGAAACUAAAGAGGGCUCGGGAGAAGAAGAGCAAGAAGAGUAAAAAGAAGAGAUCUAGAUCAUCAAGUUCAUCAUCAUCAAGUAGCUCCUCAUCAUCUUCAUCAGAUUCAGACAGCAGUGCCUCAGAAGAAAACAGGAAAAAGAAAAAGAAGAAAUCUAAAAAGAGUAAAUCUAAGAAGUCUCAUAAAGAGAAAAAAAAAAGUAGGAAAUGACAUUUUUUUUUUUAAUCUAUUGUACUUAAGCAAUGAAUCCGGGUAUUUCUUGUGUGCAAAUCCUGCAGAAAAUAAAUGAAUUGCAUGUUCUGUGUAAACCAUGAAUUGAUGUGACAGUUUGACAGUCAGAAUGAUGGGUGUAUUUAUUAUGUAAUGAUCCAGCGAUUAUUGAUAAAUUCUAUAAAAACCAAAUUUUUGUACCUUUGCAUUCAAUUAUAAAUAAUUGAGCCAUUUUUUUUUGUGGUUUCCAAGUUUACCUCAUUUUACCUUUUACAUUGCCACUACGUUUUUGCAGGCGCUACCAUUUUUCACCCUACCGAUUUCACUUUUAAGCAAAAAUGCUAUAGUGCCCACCCCUAAUAAAAUUGUACCUCCCCUAAAAACUGUACUAAUUAGUACAAAUUAGGUACAAAAAUAUGGUAUCCUUUUAGUUUAUUUUUAUUUAGGUACACCCGCCAUCCUGACUCUCACUGAAUUGACUACAUGUAUCUAUUAUUAAAUUGUUGAGGAUGUUUUUACAGACAAUUCUUUCUGUUCAUAUACCUAUUGUAAUUAAAGGCUGAAUUUAAUAUUUUGUAUAAAGUAAUAUUAAGCUGAUAUUGAAAUAAAUAUGCGUUUUAGUAAUUAUGUGCCACUAUUUUAUUAGGCGGGUCCACACAGGCAGUAUCGCACAGCAUGUCGGCCGAGGCACGUCUACACUAGCCGGAUUGUGCACGAGGAAAUUGCCUUGCGAGUAUGCUCGCUCUGUGUUCAUAUUUAUAUGUAAACUUUCUUGUAAAAAAUAUACAAAUGUAUAUAUGGACAUACAUAUGGUGGCAUUAAUGCAAAAUGGCACAUAUGUGACCUCGGCCGACAAGAAGUCCCACUUUGCAAUGCCGGAUUUACAGGUCUGGAGGCCUCGGGCAAUAAAGGAGUGGAGGCCCCAAAUUUUUUCCAAAUUAAAUGGUAAAUUUACCAAAUUCUCUAUUGUGGGCCCCUCUUUUGUGGAGGCCCGGGGCAGUAGCCCCGGUUGCCCUCCCCUAAAUCCGGCCCUGCCACUUUGUCUUGCCAUAAGGAUGCCUUGACAGCUUAUUUGUAUAAAGAUACCAUAGGGCUAAGAUUGUUCUUAGCACCUCUGUCAUACAAGUGGUGUCACGAAAUAAUUUGAUAAAAUGAACAAUAGUUGAAUUAUAUGUAUAUAAAUAGUAGUUGUAUUGCCAUUUGCAAACCCACUCACUGUCCCACCUAAAUGUGUGUAAUGAAUGAAUGAAUGAAUGAAAUUUAUUCCAGAAAAUUAUUUCCAUAUACAUUAUACAUUUACACAUUACAAAAAGAAUUAAAUUAAAUUAAAAUAAAAUUAAAUCAAAUUAAAUAACAUCCUAAAAUUUAAAUAACAAUAUAUUAUAUUACAUUACAUUAAUAUUCAAAUAAGGACCUGCGUCCCGGGUUACCCUGAGCCCGUCACGAUAGUAAUUCAUGGCGCAAUUUACAAAGCUUUAUAUGAAUGACAGUGGCUUGAGUUAAACGUUACACAUAGGAUAAAAAUUUGGAUUGUUGAUUCCACAAAUCACCUCACCAUAAAAUAGGGCAUAUGUUGACAUCAAAAAGUGGCUGAGAAAAAAAAACAUGAUUUCAGGGUCUACCCUAGGUUGGCUGUUAAUGUCGCAUAGCCUCCGGUGAUGUCAUCUUUUUCAGACAAAUUUUAACUUUAGCACCAGUGUUGACCGAAACGUUAAUGCAUUUAAAAAUUAUUGGCCGUUAACCAUUAUAAAUUGAACCGUAAACUGUAACCGUCCGGUAUGAUUACUGUUCAAUUUAUAAUGGUAAAUGCUUAAUUGCAAUUAAUGUUCGGCCAACACUGUUUAGCACUGUAAUGUAUAGAGUCAAAACUCUACGUAAUAUAUUUAUGACAUGGUGCCUUAGGAUACUAAUUAAUAUGUCCACUACAUGAAAAGAGUAAUAUCUACAGGGUCUUUUACCUUUCAAUGCAUUUAGAGUUUUGGAUGGUUUUGGGAAAUAACUUCUUUUUAUAUGCAAAGUACCAAAUUAUUAGAAUACCUAAUACACUUUGCUUUUAUGCUUAAUGCCAAUUACUCAAAGUUCCGUCUGCAGUUUUGUGAAAUGUAUUUUUUUUAUACCCAAAGUACUAAAUUCUUAGAAAGCCAAACAAACACAAGUCUGGUGGCCCAAAUUGUCUAUAACACGGAUAUUAGUAAGUUCUAGAUGAAUAAAAACUUGACCCA